ACUCUACUAGUGAGGCAGUAGCCACCGAGGGUACAGGGCAAAACCGCGUUAAUAGUGAAAACAUAUUUUUUUUCUUGGCUUUAAGCACCAUGUGACUAACCUCAUCUUCUUCCCACUUUUCCAUGGAAGUCUUCAUUCCCCUUUCAUAUAAAUAUACAACUAUAUAGGACUGUUCUUUUACUUACUUCCAAUUCCAUCCCUCUCUCUCUUUACCCACCCCUUCUCUUUACUUCUUUUUUCUUACAUGAACUUUAGAUCCAAUCCAUACUUAAAAUCAUUGGAUCUCCAAUAUUAGAUCUUCAGGGCAAUAUCCUAGAGUGUCAUCAAUGGCUGCAGUAACGUUCUUCAGUUUCCGUAAGGUACUUUUGCUUUAUCUUGCUUUGUUUUUGUUGAUUUUUAUGCUCCUUUGUGCCUCCAUUGAGAGCCAUGAGCUUCAAACCAAUCGGUUUGGUGCUAGAAGAAGAUUGCUAAAGCUUGAAGAAGACGAUGAACAAUUGUUGCUGAAGAAAAAAAGCUCUGGUUUGUCCACCAAGAACAACCAAACCAAGCUCUUCAAAUCAUCAAACCUAUCCCCCAAAAACCAAACUAAACUUAUCAAAUCAAAUUUGUCCACCAAGAACCAAACCAAGCUUUCCAAACCUACCAAUUCCACAAAAGCAACAACAGUCUCUAAUACCCUUUCCAAGUCUCAAUUCAAGCAGCUCAAUUCCAGCUCUCAACUGAAGAAACUCAAUUCCACUUCUCUCCUGAAGAAGAAUCUCAAUUCCGCUUCUCAACUGAAGAAACUCAAUUCCACUUCUAUCCUGAAGAAGAAUCUCAAUUCCACUUCCCUGUUAAAGAAGCUCAACUCAACAUCAAAAGCCACGAACUCCUCCAAGACCACUUCACUUACCUCCAAAAAAACCUCGGAUCUACUCAAACUAAGCCCAUCCAAGAACAAAACAACCACCAAAAUCACUUCUACAAAAACAGCGGAAGACAAAAAACAGACUGACCCUGAAUCUUCAAAACCCCAAAAGAACUCAAGCAAAGAAAAAAUCCCCACAACCCAGAAACCAAAACAACAAAAAAAACAACCCAGUUGGAUUGAUCAAGAAGAUGGUUCUGAUUUAGUAGCUGAGUUCCGAGAUCUCCCAACCAAGUUCCAGCAAACCCUUAUCCCAGACCUUGAAAAAUUUUCAACAACCUCAAAAGCUUACAUUGCCAAAUACAAUAACCAAAUCAUGAAACAAUUCAAACCAUAUGUCGGCAACAAACAUGCCCCUACCAUUGCUACUAUAAUCUCUUGUGCUUUCCUUUUAAUCCCAUUGCUCAUAGUUUCCCUCAUUUUUAACCGCAUCAAAGCCUACUUUUCACUCCAAAAAAUCCUCAUUUUCAUCCAAGUUUACCUCUCCAUUUACUUCUCCAUCCUCUGCCUCACUUCCCUCGUUACCGGGCUCGAGCCACUGAAGUUUUUCUACGCUACUUCGCCCUCAACAUACGUCUGUUUACAGGUGCUUCUGACACUUGGAUACGUGCUGUACUUGCUGCUGCUUCUGAUGUAUCUGAUUCUUGUUUUCUCAACCGAGUCCGGGCUGGGUUCCAAGAUGUUGGGCUUGGGCCAAACCUUAGUGGGCUUUGCCGUUGGGCUACAUUAUUACGUGGCAGUGUUUCAUAGGGUGGUUUUGCAUCAACCGCCCAAGACUAAUUGGAAGGUCCAUGUGAUCUAUGCCACGUGUUUCCUUGUGGUUUGUCUGUGUUCUAGAGCCGAUAGGAGAAAAAAAGCUUAUUUGCAAGACGGUGGUGAAGAGGGAAAGAAAAAUUAAUUAAUUAAUCUAUAUUUUUUUUGUGUUCAUCAUUAAAAACUUAGUUGGUCCUAAAUUUAUAGUGGUCAUAAUCUCAGCCACUUAAAAUUUGUAGCAAUAAAGAACACAAUUGUUGUCUUAAAUGAGAUUGUCUAAGAAAUUCCCAAAGGUCUCUUCCUUUUGUUAA